GAUUGCAGACAAAAUGGCGGAUGAGGAGACUCCAGAGUCUUCAUCUGAGCAUAAGCUUUCUGAGUGCAGCAACGAGGAGGAGGGGGCGGUGUGUCCGGACUCCACGUCGUCAGCAUGUCCGGAAGAGGAUCCGUACAAAAUCAUCGCUGCCAUUGACUUCGGAACCACCUUCAGCGGGUACGCCUACGCCCUUACAUCAAAUAAGGACAAUAUCUACACAAACCGCAACUGGGGCCAAACGCAGGGAUUCCUUCUACAGAAAACACCCACGUGCCUUCUGCUGAAACCCAGCGGAGAGUUUGCGGCUUUUGGAUUUGAAGCGGUGUCCAAAUACAACGAUCUAACUGAGGAAGAAGCGGCGGAGCAUUACUACUUUGAUCGCUUCAAGAUGAAACUGUAUGAUAACAAGAUUCUAAACACCGAAAUAGUACUCCAAGACGUAAAUGGCAAAGAACAGUUAGCAGUAGAUGUUUUCAGCCAGUCACUUCACUUUAUGAAGGGGCACCUGUUGCGCCACUUGGCGGGAGCCAUGGGGUACCAACCGGAGGCGGAAACCAUCAGAUGGGUCAUCACGGUCCCCGCAAUAUGGGAUGAGAAUGCCAAACAGUUUAUGCGAGAAGCAGCAUACAAGGGAGAGUUGAUCGACAACGUCCAUAGUAACCAGCUCCUGAUUGCCCUUGAACCUGAAGCAGCGUCCUUGACCUGUAGAACUAUACAGACCAACAGCUUCACUGAUAACCGAGAAAACCAAACCGCCAAACCCACCUUCGAACCGGGAACCAAAUACAUCGUAGUGGAUGCUGGAGGGGGUACUAUUGAUAUCGUUGCUCAUAAGGUCAGAAAAGAUGGCAGAAUUCGCGAGCUUUUCCGAGCCACUGGAGGGGCAUGGGGAGGAACAGUUAUAGAUCAGCAAUUUAUCAAUCUUUUGUUCCGCAUAUUCGGGGAGGAAUUUAUAAACGAAUUCCAUGCCCAAUUUCCAAAAGACUAUGUAGAAUUACUACAAGAUUUUGAAAUCAAGAAACGCGGCGAGAGUGAUAGCGUAAGAGUUUCGCUUCCAUAUAAUUUUUGUAAUUUUUCAUAUGAUGAAAAAUCAGUCCAGAACUGCAUAAAAGAUUACACCCAAAAAUCGGGAAAUUCGGUGAAGUUUUCCUCGGGUAAACUCGUGCUGUCGUCCGAAAUAGUGGACUCGCUCUUUAAGGAUCCACUGGGUCAAAUUAACGACCACAUCGAGAAUCUACUGAAGCGUCCAAAGCUCCGCGAUCUUAACUAUAUUUUUCUAGUUGGUGGAUUCGCAGAAUCUGUCAGAUUACAGUCUUCCAUAAAGAAAGCGUUCAGUGAAAGAGUUACCGUUCUUGUGCCCGAGGAUGCAAGCCUGGCUGUGGUGAAGGGGGCCGUGGCGUUCGGAUGCGAUCCCAGUUCCAUUUGCCAGAGGAUAUGUCGCUACACCUACGGAGUCGGGUCUUAUCUGCCUUUUGAGGACGGAAAACACCGAGACGAUCUGAAAGUCGUCUCAGACGAACUGGUCCUUUGCAAGAACAUACUCCAAGUCUGGGCGGAGUGCGGAGAGGUGAUCGGUCAUAACGAGGUUUGGCGGGAAACCUACACACCCAUCAUCACGAACCAGAGGGGGAUUAUAUUCGAGUUUUUCAAGUCGUCCAAGAAGAACGUGCAGUACACGGACGAGGAGGGGGUGGAGAAGUGUGGCUGCCUGGUGGUGGAGAUGCCGGACAUGACCGGGGACAUGGAACGCGCGGUCGACCUUGAGGUCAUCUUUGGGGGCACCGAGAUCAAGGUCGUCGGAUAUGAUCAUACCAGCAAGACUCACCGGGAGACGUACAUAGACUUCCUGACCGCAUGAAGACUCGCUGUAUCAGUGUGUGUAUAUAAUCUCAUUCAUAUACAAAACCGGAUUCUAAGCUUACAAUGUACAAGUAUCUGUUAACCGUGUCUGCAUUACCUGAACUGUUUACGCAUACACCAGAUGUGUUCAUAACAAAUCUUGUUUUUAAACUGUACUUGUAAUUGGGUUUCAUUCACGCAAUACCGGUAUAUUCUGCUGACCAGUUUGACAUACAAAUUCUCUUUAAGCCUUACAAAAUUCUGCUUUCAUCAGAAUAAACAAACAAUAAAAAAUUGGAAAAUACUUAUGUAUUUAUUAGCAAAAAUAUAUAAUAUGCUUUGACAUUUCUUGUGGUAACAAGUUUGUCCUAGCGUGUAAUGUGAGAUAGCAGAUACAAUGAAUAUAGCGAAGUACAAGGCUACAGAGAAACGAGAAAUACAGAGAGGUGAGAGAGAGUGGUCAGGACACUCACUGACCCCUAUGCUUGACUGUCGAUUUUGAGCUCAAUAUUUAUCUUAAUGUACUUUAACAACAACAACAACCAAAAUAAGAAAACAAAAUUAUCAAGUUCAUGUAACUACACUGAAAAAAUAAAAAAGAACUAAAAAAUGUAAACAAUUAACUCCAACAAAAAAUAUAACCAAACAACUGUCAACGUGUGUUAGUAUUACACCACACGAGGUUAUCCCUUGUCUAGUAUAUUGCAGCUGUAUCCUGACUAGAUGAAUCUAAUGCGAAGACUGGUCUACUGGUCAAAACAUGGAAGACACAAGAUUAACAAGGAUAUUAAGUGAAGAGCACUACAUGUACUGGGUUUCUACUAAAAGACAGCGUUCUAAACUACAUUCUAAAGUACAUAUGAUCUGAAGUACAGAAUUAUGACAUUGCACAAAUUGCGGACAUGAAAUGGUAUUUUUUCCC